CAACGGUUGGUUUGUGAACUGCAACAUCCACAAAGAAGAGAGGGAAGCGUCUGCUGUGCCCCUGGGUCGGUUUAAAUUGGCCUUUAAAAACAUCACCGAAAACUUAAACAACCGCUCUAGCUAUGGCAGAGGGAGACAACAAAAGCGCCAACGUACUCGCCCAGGAGACGGCCCAGCUGGAGGAGCAGCUGCAGGGCUGGGGAGAGGUGAUCCUGGCUGGGGACCAGGUCCUGCGCUGGAAGAAACCAUGGUUCCCUGGAGCCCUGAUGGCAGCCACCACACUGGUCUUCAUGAUGAUCUACUACCUGGACCCCUCGGUGCUGACCGGCCUGUCCUGCACUGUCAUGCUGCUGUGUCUGUCUGACUACUUGGUGCCUACUCUCGCACCCCGCAUCUUCGGAUCCAACAAGUGGUCUUCAGAGCAGCAGCAGCGUUUCCAUGAGAUCUGUGGUAACCUGGUGAAGACUCAGCGUCGCAUCCUGGGCUGGUGGAAAAGACUCUUCUCGCUCAAGGAGGAGAAACCCAAGAUGUACUUUGCGUCUGUGAUCAGCAGUCUGGUGACGGUGGCCUGGAUGGGACAGCAAGUCCACAACCUUUUCCUCACCUACCUGAUCGUGAGUUUCCUGCUCCUGCUUCCUGGUCUGAACCAGCAUGGCGUCAUAAGCAAGUACGCUGGCAUGGCCAAGAGAGAGAUCAACAAACUGCUGAAACAGAAGGAGAAGAAGAACGAGUAGGAAGAAAGAGGAGGAGAAGAAGAAGGGGAUCUGUGAGAUGAGACGAACGAGAGAGAAGAAGAAACUGAGAAACCCGUAGAUCAAACGUAAAAGAAAAGGAGCUUCAACUAAGUACUUCUGUACUUCCUCAGUCUGCUCAGACCAACUCUACACACGCCCUCUCCCCCUUGACCUCUGACCUGUCACCUAACCAACCAAUCACCUGGCGGGAUUUGUUUUUCAACAGGAAGUGUUUUUCCACCUAUCCUCCCACGCAUGCAGUCAGUCGCCACGUCGGUCAAGGCUUUAGUUCACGAGUAGACCACACUGAAACAUUACAACACACACACAUAUGAACCCCCCCCACACACACACACACACACAUGGAGGUGGCCCCCAGCUGUGUCUGUCUCUAGAUCCUAUAGGGAGUUGUUUAAGAUGCCAGUCACUUAUUAUUACUUUUGAAGUCCGAGGAAAGACUACUGAACAGAAACCUCUAGCAAUAUUAUUAUCCCCUCCCCCCACACAUAUAAUACCAUCACAAUACAAUAUAUAAUCAAACUCAAUCUCCCAGAGAGGAUGGUUAGUUUAAUGGACAUACUGAUGGUAGGUAGUGUCAGUAAUUAAAUCUCCAAGAGAGGAUGGUUAGUUUAAUGGACAUACUGAUGGUAGGUAGUGUCAGUAAUUAAAUCUCCAAGAGAGGAUGGUUAGUUUAAUGGACAUACUGAUGGUAGGUGGUGUCAGUAUUGUUUCAGGAGGCUGGGACACCGCUGAUGUUGUUGUUGUUGCUGCCAUCGUUCCUUUAACUUUCAGAUUCCUGCUUCUGUCUGUUUUUAAGAUUGCACUGAAACCGUAGCAGAAACUGGAGUUUAGAGUAGAGAAGCAGACCUAGGUGACGCCUCCCACGUGGCACCCUAUUCCCUAUGUAGUGCACUACACCUAUAGGCCUUGGUCAAGAGUAGUGCACUAUCUAGGGAAUAGUGUUAUUUUGGACUCGAGCCUAGUCUGGUGACAUUUGGAAUAUAUAAUUCUGUGUCUGUGUCUGAAAUGGCACCCUAUUCCCUAUGUAGUGCACUAUCCCUAUAGUGCACUACACUGUUGCCCUGGGCCUAUCUAGGGAAUAGGGUGCUAUUUAAGACACUGCCCUGGUGUGAGCCGACACUGGUUCAGAGGCACAGACCUAGGAUCAGCGUAACCUGCCCCCUACCUUGACCUUACUGUCUAGUCCAGGGGAUCUUUACCUUACUAGUCCCACUGCUGUUACGCUGCUAGCUGGACCUGCUAGUCCUUUAUCUGUCCCUCUAUCCCUGUCUCACGACAGUCUAAACCCAGCUCACGUUCCCUGUUAGUGGGUGAACAAUCCAACGCUUGAUGAAAUCUACUAAUUACGCUAUUGGCUGGACCUGCUAGAGUCCUUUCUGUCUCUCUAUCCCUGUCUCUCUCUGGUCGGGGGGCCGAUGAUUGUAAAUACGCCAAUCCUCUUCCUAUCUUUAUCUCUCUGUCUUGUCUGUGUUUAUAUUCUUUACCUACUAUCUCGCUGCUCCUCUCCUCCAUUUCAUCUGUUUGAGUUCUCUACAAAACAAUGAAUAAAGUCUGAUUUAAAUGAA